AUGGUACGAUCAUCCAAGUCCAUCACAUCGCAACUUUACAUCAGCAGCCUAUCCAAGUCUUGGUACAGAUCUUCAAAGGUAGCGGCAGGGCGUGUGCUAGUGCGUACUGCGGCUCUUCCAGUUCAUAGCGUCGACAUCAAUUGCCUCCCCUUCUCCAACCUGCUCAUCAGCAGGCAAAGACAAAAUGCUUUCUCUUUCCACCAACGAGUAAACUUUUCAUCAUCGCCGAGAACGGCCGAAGCCGAGAAUGGAGGUGAAUCUCCUGCUCUUCCGGCCUUGUCUGGCACUUUUACCGAUCUGUUCUGCGGCAUCGGCAGCGCUACUAUAGCCCUCUCGGAACUGGGUCUGAAAUGCGUCUACGCCAUCGACAAUAACCCUGAGGCCGCCAGAACAUACGAGACAAAUCACUUGGCGGGGCGAGACUUUGUAGACAAACGCGAUAUCUUGGACGCAGUGGAAGAUGGCUUGGAAGAGAUUCCCAGGGCAAACGUCCUUGCUGCCAGUCUCCCCACUCGCCGCGCAGAUGCCUCUCAAAAAGAGCACCAGGAUAAUCUGCAGCUAGUCGUGGAUUCUUUCCUCCGUCUCGUCCGCCACCAACGCAACGAGGUUGUCCUGCUGGAAUUCGAAAAGAAGAAGAUCGCCAACGCCACUCGCACCCACACGCUCAAAAAUUUCUGCGAACUGCUCGACCAGGCUGGCUAUUGGACCGAAUGGGAAGUGUACUCUGCUGCGUCAUUUGGCCUGCCUCAGCACAGGGAGCACGUUGUUGUUCUCGCCGUUCGCAAGGAUCUGAUCCCCGGCCCUUUUCGGCCUCCUCCCGCGGAAAAUGAACCCGACAAGUCCUUGGAACUAAAGGAUUUUUUGUUGUCAUACGAGGACUAUCUCAGACUCAACAAUGAUAGGUAUUAUUGGCCUAAUGGUACUGUGCCUGAAACAGUCGACGGUUUGAUAUUUAUGAGACCUCUGCUCCAAAGGCCCAAAAGGUCUGGAAGAGACCGUCGGAUCUUGCUGGACCAUCGGGAUCCUCUCCAGCCUCCACCGGUUCCCCCCAGCUACAACCAAUUGCGAGUCGGCAUCUGGGGAAGGGAAAAAGAUGAAGGCGAGCCAUCCGAUUCCCUCCGUACCCGGGACCGCAUAUACCAUCAGAGAGGCUGGGGAGGAUUCACCACGGGGCUAGGCUAUCAUGAAAUGAGCUACUACCUGACCUCGGGACCCGACGACGGCCACGGAGGCGUCAUACCGUGUAUCAGACAACUCCACCCUCGCGAGGGUGCGCGUCUGAUGGGCCUUCCCGACUCUUUUGUCCUGCCCGCGGACCAGCUAUUAGCCUGGGCGUUGCUGGGAUCGGCGGUCCCUCCGCAGUUGCUGCAGUGGCCGCUGCUGAGCCUCGCCCGGGCCCACCCUCAUCUCUUUGAGCCGGGACGUCCUGAGAAGCAGCCGCCGCCAGAUUGGCCUGAUGCAUACCCAAGUCACGUGGCAAGGAACUACAGGGACGGUGUCAACAAACCUCGUAAAAUACUCUUCAUGAAGAACUUGAGGGCAAAACGGGAAACCGAGCAAUUGUACCCAUAUGCCCUCAUAGCGUUCCAGACCAGGUUUUUCGGAUUUGAUAAACGCAAGUAA